AUUCGCACGUGCCGGGUUCUGGUCGCAGUUUGCGCUACUGCAAUGAAGACAUCUGCCCUAAGUCUUUAAUUUUCCAUUUUGCGAAUCAAUCGAUGUUCACAGGAGGUUGUUUGCCAGUGAGCUUUGUGUAGGAUCUCGCUUUUCGGUGCUCAUGUUUUCGUGACACGACGCGGUCUAAAAAUAAAUAACCACAACGCGGUCUUGGAUCAAUGCAAGUUUUCCUCGUCACCAAGAAGUCGGUACCUUAUACUGUAAAGUGUGUUGUUAUGUGGAUCGAUAUUGUCACCUUAUCAGCUCGAGAGAUAAGGCUGAUGUAUGCAUCAUUUCCAACGUGAGUGAAAUGAGUCAGAAGUAAACACGAACACAAAUAAUACCAAAAGAACCGCCUGCAAAUACGAUUUUAGUGAAGAAUAUUUCCUUAAUUUUCUCCAUGCCGAUGUCUGAUGUCUGAUUUUCCUCAUCAAUCGGUGAUGUGUUUGAGAAGCAUCUGUUUUUCGCAGCUUGAGUAGACGUCCACUCCCGUGCGGUGCGGUGCAAAUCAGCGUGCGGUAAAUCCUCUGCUGGAAGUGUUUUGAGUAGUGACCGAUGAUGUGCACGUCGAACUUGAUCGUGAGGAAAAUCAACACUUUUCUGUGUUUGUUAGGAUAAAUUUACGAACGAUUCCACGCUUCAACGUAACCGACAGUCCCGUUUAUUCAACCCAUGGCAUCAUCAAUGUGUACAUACCUAACAUAAAACAAUGAGCAGGGUUGUUGAAUGUAUCAAAUGUUUCUGCGGCUGCAACGAACUUUCCAAAGAUCGAAUCAAAGAGCUUCUCUGUAAGAAAAUCCAUGGAUUUCUCAACGACAACGAGGCGGUGACGAUGUUCAAAAAGUUUAUUCCCAGCGAUUCACGCACUCACAAGCAUAUCGAUAUAGUCGCUCGGGCUAAAUUAUACCAGCAGGCGGAAAUUGACACGGACUCGGAUGAUUGGGAAGAGUUUGUGGAAGAUCUGGAAGAACAGUUUGAAGACGAAUUGAAGGAAAGCUCAGAGACCAACGCUGUGCUCGAAAAGAUAAUUUUCUAUUACAGUAAAAAGAUUGAGACGUCCACUGAUUAUCAAAACUAUACCGAUAACUUGAAGCAAAAGUAUAAGAAAAUUCGUUCACCGAGAAGUAGGUAAUCGGUAGGUCAGAAAAUGCCUUAGUGGUUCAGAACGCACAAACAUAAGUUUAUUUAAACUGUAUGCCUCGUUUGUUAUACAAUAUUUAAUGUAUCUUAUUAAAUUAUAAUAAAUAUGUUUA